AGCUCCUGCUGCGACCAAAGCUUGCGUUAGGGGCGUCAGUUAAUGUAGGCUGACAGAGAACUCUUCAUUUCGACUGUUUGAUCCUGCCACCCUCUGGCCGGACGCCAUGGGAGUGACUUGUGUGUCUCAGAUGCCUGUGGCUGAGGGCAAGAGUGUCCAGCAGACUGUGGAGCUCCUCACUCGGAAAUUGGAGAUACUUGGAGCAGAGAAGCAAGGAACAUUUUGUGUGGACUGUGAGACUUACCAUACAGCUGCAUCUACCCUUGGCAGCCAAGGUCAGGCUGGGAAGCUGAUGUAUGUGAUGCACAACUCAGAGUACCCAUUGAGCUGUUUUGCCCUCUUUGAAAAUGGCCCUUGCCUUAUUGCCGACACCAACUUCGAUGUGCUCAUGGUGAAGCUCAAGGGCUUUUUCCAGAGUGCUAAGGCCAGCAAGAUUGAGACUCGGGGCACCCGUUACCAGUACUGUGACUUCCUGGUGAAGGUGGGCACGGUCACAAUGGGGCCCAGUGCCCGGGGCAUCUCUGUGGAGGUGGAGUAUGGCCCCUGUGUGGUAGCUAGUGACUGCUGGAGCCUGCUGCUUGAGUUCCUACAGAGUUUUCUAGGCAGUCACACACCAGGGGCUCCUGCAGUGUUUGGGAACAGACAUGACUCGGUCUACGGCCCAGCAGAUACCAUGGUCCAGUACAUGGAACUCUUCAACAAGAUCCGCAAGCAGCAGCAGGUAAUAGAGAAGAGGAAACCUAACCAAUGACUGUGGGAUAAUAUGGAAGAAGAUGGGAAAAACUUGUUUAAUGGUGUUCUGUAGACUGUAGUAGCCAGAGGGGAACAACUCAAGGUCAGUUAACAGAACGCAAAUCAUAUAAGCAAGUUCAUGUGGAUUUUAUUUUAUAUUAAUUUAUAAUGUACAUUAAUAAUGCUAUUAUAAAAGUAGAACUAUACAGAACUAGCUUUAAAAAUAAAGUGCCUUUUAUCUUAUAGAAUGGUAUUUCCCAGACUACUCCUUUGUAUACCAUUUUCAUAAUUUUUGCCACAUUCUAGUAAUAUCUUAGAGUUAAUAUUUUUCUGUAAACCAAAUUACUUUUCUUUUUUUACUAAAGAGAGUACUUGGAACUCAUUCUUAAAACAUGGAGUUAUGGAUCUUCUAUUAUUUUAUAGAACACAUUAAAAUACUAUUAAUAUAUGACCAUUACAUUUAAAAAGAUUUGCUCCUGGAGGGUUCCAGUUAUGGAAGGCAGAGCAAGCAGAGUCUGCCAAGUGUCGCCCACUGCAUGCAGCAGAAAGCCUGGACAGAAUGCAUAGAGAAGCAGUGGAGGACUCUGGAAAGUAAAUACUAGCAGGUGGAUUAGAGAAGACCAGGAUUUGAAGUACUAUCAGUCCAGCUGGGAGUUUUCCCUUUUAUUUCUAGUAUCCCCUGGACUGGACUCAAAGCAACCCAAACUUGGAAGUAGGGACUAGGCCUGGACAGAGAACUCCAGGAUAAAACCUCUAAUUCUGGCUUGAGUGGGGAAGGAGACUUCUAAUGGUCAGAGUGGAAGAAACACCUUUCUUUGAAAUAUUUUUCUUUUUCUCUCAUGCCCCGGGCAAUCUUGUUUGUACUGGCAAUGACAGCAGCUGGGGCCCACAGAUGCCUGAAACUGUAAGGGAGGGGAACCUUUGUUUGGAGAGGCUGUAGUCCUAAAAGAGUGGGGCAAACUCCCAUCAUUUUUUUUCUUUCUCUGUCUUACUGUGACCUAGCCCCCAAAAUACGUGGUAAAGCAUGGUAACUAAAGCCCCAUCUUACUGGCUGGCAGACAGAAAAGGGGAGCUCCAGGGAAGUAGAAAGUACCUGGGGGAAAGAGGGAACACUUAUUCUGUAUUAUGAGAUGAAGUAUUGCCGGACUCUAAAAUCGCAAAUAAAGCCACGUGAGAGCUUUAAAAUUUUAAAAAAAAAAAUGGGGAGAGAAGAAGGUGGGAAACACACCCAGUAAAGUUGUUCAUGAACUCCAAGGCCCACCCUUAAACAGCACAUGUGUGGAUCUGACCCUAAACAGCAUACCAGAGAUUUUGAGAAUUGAACUAUGAGCUAGAUCACUACCCAGGUGCUUGACUGGCCACUGGGUAGCGCUCAUGCCAGACAGAUCCGAAUAGCUCUGCAAAGCUUUGACUAUGUUACUGAUAUUUAAAUUACAUCCACAGAAGGUUGUUUGGAUCUUAUGACCUGCAUCCAGCCAGGCUGAUGCUUACUAAAAUGAGACAUUCAUUGUGUAAUUUAAAGAAGACUACAUUCCAUCCCUCUGUACUACAAAAAAAAAAAAGAAGACUACAGAGUCUCAGAAUAUUAAAAAUGUUCAGGAUACAAAAUUACACAGCUUACAAAGAAUGAGGACAAUCUUAAUUCAUUUGGAAGAGAUAACCAAUUGAUACCAUCACUGAGAUGACACCUUUCUCUUACACAUGGAUUAUGUCUUUCUGUUCAGUUUGUUUGGCAAGCCUAAACCACAUCAUGCCCACAGCUGGACCAGUGAUUGUUGUCAGGGGUACCACACACAAACUGGCUUAGACUUUUCAGGACCCAUCCCUGAGCUAGUGCUGAGGUCAGCUUCUCCAGAACCACAUAGCCCUGUGGAAGAAGAGUAGAUACUCAGGGUAAAAUAAAAAAACAAUGAAACUUCUACUUUCAGAUGUCAUAAAAACUUAUCUAACUUGAGCUCUUAGAUUUUUAAAGAACUAUUUUUCUUU